CAAAUUAAAGAGGGGAUAUUGAUAUGAGAGGAGACCUCCUUUACUUUAUUUAUUUAAAGAGACUUAGAGCUGAGGAAGAGAAAAUAUUAAAACUUAGAAAAGAAAGAAUGGUAUCAAGGGAGCAGAAAAGAGCUGCAGUGCUGCAUGAGAAAUUGCAACUUCUUCGAUCAAUCACUAAAUCUCAUGCUCUUAGUGAAAGCUCAAUCAUAGUAGAUGCGUCAAAGUAUAUUCAAGAACUCAAAGACAAAGUGGAAAGGCUAAAUCAAGACAUAACUACCACUUCCCCUCAAAUUAAUUCAAACAACACGACUUCUUCAUGGCCCCAAAUUGAAGUGGAAACCCUAGAAAAAGGUUUCUUGGUAAAUGUAUAUUCAGAAAGAAGUUGCCCUGGCUUGCUUGUUGCCAUAUUACAAGUUCUUGAAGACCUUGGCCUUAACGUCCUUGAAGCUAGGGUUUCUUGCACCGACACCUUUCGUUUAGAAGCAUUUGGGGGAGAGGAUGAAGAUGCCAUGAUUAAUGCCCAAGUGGUGACAGAGGCAGUUUUUCAAGCUAUUAAGAACUGGAGUGAAAGCAACGAACAAGGCUAAUUAAUCAAAUCAAUAUAAUGUAGCUUAAUUAGCUAUUAUUACUAUCAUUCCUCUUUAUUUUAAACUUUCCCCCUCAUCUUCCUAGCUAGCUAUCAUAGUUAUAUUAAUCGAUAAGGAAUUAUUGGCUAGUACAUUGAUUCAUCAAUAUUAAUGAUCAAAGAUCAUUCAUUUUGCCCAGUCAAAUGACUCUUGAGGGUUCUGUUUAAUUUUCACGUGACAGGUGUAAUUACAAUUUCAAUUUUUUAAAAAAAGUAGGCUAGCUACUCUUUAAAUUA